AUGGCCCCGAGGGGUCGUGGGCGUAAAACCGUGCCCGGAGGGUCGACGGGAAGAACCAGUGGUCAGGCGGAAAGCUCAAAGGAUGCAGCGCCCGCCUCUUCACCAGCAGCACCGGAGGCUGGGACAGCGUCCUCGUCUCGGGGAGGAAAGUCAAGUCCAGCAGGACAGCGAGGAAGAGGAAGAGGAAGGGGGAGGGGUAGGGGAGGGGGAGGAGGAGGCCCUGGAAGAGCUGAGAAAGCGACAUCUUCCAGACAGUCGGACGUACAACCGGGUGAUCCUCUCCCACCAACGCGAAGACACCGAUAUCAUCCAGGAACAGUCGCCCUUAAGGAAAUCCGACGAUACCAACGCUCAUGGGAUUUACUUCUUCUCAAACUCCCCUUUGCACGCCUUGUUCGAGAGGUUGCUAUGGAGAUGCUACCAUCCGAAGUCGGUGAAGAGCUUAGAUGGCAAUCGCAGGCAAUCCAGGCUCUACAAGAGGCAUCGGAGGCAUUUCUAGUUCAUCUUUUCGAGGAUACGAAUCUCUGCGCGAUCCACGCUAAGAGAGUCACCAUUAUGCAGAAGGAUAUGCAACUUGCGAGACGAAUUCGGGGUGCUUGGGGUGGCGUUGGUUAA